AUGGAUUCACAUAUGGACUAUGAGCAAGAAGAACGAUAUGAGGAUUUGAGGGAGAGGAAUCAAGCACCUGAUAUGUAUGGAUCAAUGCGUAAUUAUUCAACAACACAUAAUCCAAGGCGGAAUGAAUCAGAGUUCAUGCACCGGGAAAGGAUGCCCGAACCACGUUGUAGGAAAGAACAGAGGACAGCUGGGAGUUCGGAUCCUCUUAUAGUAUUGGUGCAAGGCUUGCUAGAUAGACUUGAUCAUAGAACCGGUGAAUCAUCAGAGCAAAGACCAUCCUCCUCUCCUGAUUACCUGAAGAUGGUCACGUUAAUGAAGAAGUUUGGAACCGUUAGAUACCCAGGAGGAACAGAUCCCUUCGAAGCGUCAGCAUGGCUGAGGAAUUUGGAGAAAAACUUUCGGGCUAUCCACUGCCCUGAUAAUUUCAAGAAGGAUGUGGCAAUAUACUACUUGACCAAAGAUGCUUCUGAUUGGUGGGAUAGCGUUGAAGAAUACUAUAUGGGAAGAGAGAUCGACUGGAAAGAUUUUAAAAAGGAGUUUGAGCGGAAAUACUUCCCACCUGAAGCAAAAGACCGGCUGGAGAUUCAAUUCUUGGAGUUAACUCAAGGCAACCGGAAAGUCAGGGAAUAUGAGGCGGAUUUUACAAAGCUAAGGAAAUAUUCUCCUUAUGGAGCAAGGAAUGAAUGUGCACUAAUUCGAAGGUUUAUAAGAGGUUUGCGAGCGGAUUUGGCUAGCCGACUGCAAGUAGUGAAGUUUCAUAGCCUUUAUGAAUUGGUGGAGAUUGCGGUAAAUGUUGAAGAAUGUAUGGAAAAAGGAGCAAGCCAUGAUGAUGCAUGCAGAGCCAUCUCGCAGAACUGA